GUUUUUGCUGAGCCCUCCAUCAGUCUGUUCGCUCUGGAAUGCUGCAAGGGCAGAGAGCUGCACUUCAGUGAACCCAUCAAUUCUGUUUUGAAUGAGGACCUUCAUUUUUACACUCAGUCUGUAUGGGUGAGAAGUGGAUUGUGGAUUGCAUAUGAAGGAUGUAAUUUUUUAGGAAGGCAGAUUCUGCUGGAGCCCAGUGAGAUUUCCAACUGGAAUGAACACAGUGGCUGGAAACUAAUUGGCUCCCUUCGUCCUGUGAAGCAGCCAGCAGUGUACCUCAGAGUGAAGAACCGAGCCCAAGGUAAAUACCUGACAGUGGCUGGAAGCCUGGCAGAUAUAAGAGCGACCUCAGUGUGUGCGUCCCCGUACAACGGCAAGAACACCCAGAUCUGGCACUACUGUCGGGGACUCUUCAAAUCCAAGGCUAAUAAUGCCUGUCUGGAUGUCAUUGGUGGCAGAGAUGUGCCUGGGGCCAAAGUCGCGCUCUGGGCAGAACAUGGGAAGGACAGGCAGAAGUGGAGACUCAAUGAGGAUGGAACCAUCAGUUCAUACCUCAGUGACCAAGCAGUGCUUGAUAUUAAAGGAGGAAAUUAUUAUGACAAGAAUCAUAUCAUUAUGAAUCAGCCAACAGAAGACAAACAUUCACAAAAAUGGGAUAUUGAAAUACUGUGAGUACAACCCCACCACACAGAUGGACUUUGUGUGGGUUAUUAAC